AUGCCCAUCCGCGCAACAGCCCUCCACCUCCACCACGCGCCCCUCUCCGGCUGCAGCGCCCGCAUCCGCAUCGCCCUGCACCUCAAGCGCCUCCACGACAUUAACCUCCCCAUAACCUACCACCCCGUCAACCUCUCCGCCUCCGACCACCACACCCCCGCCUACCGUUCCCUCAACCCCAACGCCAGCAUCCCAACCCUCGUGGUCGAGCUCGACGCCAGCCAGCAGAAGCAGCCCACCAUCAUCACCAUCACCCAAUCCCUCGCCAUCAUCGACGCCCUCGACACCCUCUUCCCCUCCUCCCCUCCGCGCCUGAUCCCCGCGCCACCAUUCGCUUCUUCUUCUGCGGACUCCAGCGCUGCCGCAUCGCUCCUCCGCCGUCGUGCAGCCGUCCUUGAUCUCGUCGCGCUCGUCGCCUGCGACGUCCAGCCGCCGGCCAACAAGCGGUGGCGGGAUGCCAUUACCACGGACUACGGCGGCGAUGGGGAAGCGUGGGCGCGGCGGGUGUACGAGAGGGGGUUGGGGGCGUAUGAGGAGUUGUUGGCUACUGGAGAGCAGGGCAGGUUCAGUGUUGGCGAUGGGGUUUCGGCCGCGGAUGUGUUUCUCGUGCCGGCGGUGGAGGGGGCGAUGAGGGUGGGCUUAUGCGAGGUGGGGAGGAGGUGGCCCAGGGUGGGGUACGUGGUGCGGGAGUGUGCGCGGUUGGAGGCGUUUAGGGUGGGCGGGUUGGGGGUUGUUGGGGAAGAAUUUGGGGGAGGGGGAGGAAGGCUUUGA